CCGUACAAGCUGGUGAUGCUGGGGGCCGGCGGAGUGGGCAAGAGCGCCAUGACCAUGCAGUUCAUCAGCCACCGAUUCCCGGAAGACCACGACCCCACCAUCGAAGAUGCUUAUAAAAUCCGGAUUCGUAUCGACGAUGAGCCUGCCAAUCUGGACAUUUUGGAUACAGCUGGACAGGCCGAGUUUACAGCCAUGAGGGAUCAGUACAUGAGGGCAGGAGAAGGAUUUAUUAUCUGUUAUUCCAUCACGGACCGUCGAAGCUUCCAUGAAGUUCGAGAGUUUAAGCAGCUUAUUUACCGAGUUCGACGUACCGACGAUACACCUGUGGUUCUUGUGGGAAACAAGUCCGACCUAAAACAGCUAAGACAGGUCACCAAGGAAGAAGGGUCAGCUCUGGCCCGAGAGUUCAGCUGUCCCUUUUUUGAGACAUCCGCUGCAUACCGCUACUACAUCGAUGACGUUUUCCACGCCCUCGUACGGGAGAUCCGGAGAAAGGAAAAGGAGGCAGUGCUGGCCAUGGAAAAGAAAUCUAAGCCCAAAAACAGUGUAUGGAAGAGGCUCAAAUCACCAUUCCGGAGGAAGAAAGAUUCAGUAACUUGAAGGGGAAACGGGAAGCGUUUAUCUGUGAACUGCGCUGCUUCAUCAGAGCAGUCCAGUAAGCUGCAGUACCGAGCACGGUGCUCGCUCUUUCUCCUGUAAUGACCGUUCUGCUAAAGUAACUGAUGGGGGACAUGCCUACUAGGAGAUUUCGCUGAUGUGGUAUUUGAAGUGCUGUCUGUUAAUUCUGAUUUCUUAACCUGGUGGGACACUGUCUGCUUUUAAAUCGUCACAUUAGAAUCUGAUCUACCAAUGUUUCGGUCCUGUUGCUGACAUUAAUGAAUUCAUGUAAAUUAUUUAUAUCCGGGAGACGAUGUAUACCAUGUGUGUUCAACUAGGUUCACAAGAGAAUUUUUUUUUUUUUUUGCCGUGUACUCUACAAUCUCUCUCAACUUCAGUUUUCUAGGACUGUCCCCAGAAAGGACUCCAGUCUCUUCCGUUGACACUGCUUUUUGGAGGCAGAAGAAGACUCAUACGGGGACAUCCGCAUGAAGAGAUCAGCGCUAAAGUUCCGCAGGGAGCUGCCGAGCUGACUUCUGCGGCAGUUACAGGAGGAUGACAUUUGGGGAUAUCAGGCCAUAUGUUUGCAAGGCCAUAAUAGGCAGGAUGGUAGCCUUAUUCCCGGGGUGAGCUGGCCUUCUCAGAAGGGCUCAUUAGGCUCCAGCGCGCCGGGAUGGGGGGACAGACACAGGCGUGUGGAACGCAGUUAAGAUGUCUCCUAGGACAGUCACUUGCUCUUCCUCAUACGCGAUGGCCCUUCCUCACCUUCAGAGGUAAACACUCGGAAACCAUUUCUAGAUCGCCAGACUCAGUUCUCCUGAAUCGUUGGCUGGGACAGCCAUUGCCUUGUACAGGUUACUUUCGGCACACGCUAACACACUUAGUUCAUUGCUUCUUAGUGCUUUCGCUUCCCUCUCGUGUGCUCUUCAGAAGAACCAGGCCUGGCAGGUUGUUUUUAGGCCCUUCAUCAGAGUGAGUGCAUUUUCAAUAUGGAAGAGACAUGAGGAGUUGGAGUAAAAUUGUGUAUGUGCCUCUUCGGUGUUGACAGUCACUCACCUCGGUGCUCUGAGGAAGCCCAUGGUAUUUCUAUUUAAUGUGUCCAUCUUGAAGCUUUAAAAUUCACAAAUGUUCAGUCUCUCAUCUAAAGGUUCCUUUAUGAGGACUUGGCUAAGUUCACCUCAGGGUCAUCUGAGCCUUAACGAAGUUUAACCUAAGAGAAUACCACUUCGCUCCUGUGCAUAGGUGAAAAACUGUAGCCCUAAGAAGAAACAGCUUUAAAUAUUGCUCAUAAAGUCUCUGAGGAGCGGGAUUAUUUUGGUAUCUGAACUUGUUACAUAUGGAGAGUAAAUGCAAAGUGCUAAAAGUAAUUCAUCAUGGAUUGAAUAUUAAAUGUUACUAAAGCA